UGUAUAUUAUUUUACUAGGAAUUUUGUCGCACGGGGAAAACUGCAAAAAAACAACAACAAAAAAACUACAAACAAACUAGUAACAGGAAAUACAACUAAUAGAUAGUGCAUGCAUAGACUACAUACAUUACAGAAGAAAAAGAAGAUAUUGAAAGGAAAUGGCGGAGCAAGUAGAUGAUCCUUUAUGUGUAGAUGAUGCCUAUGCUGUUCAGUUCUUUGGCUUUCUCCCACAAUCCUUGCUCAAUGGCAUUUAUAAUGGUUUUUGGGAGUAUUUACAAGAAGCGAUGGCAGCCCUCAAUGAAAGUAUUCUGAUUACAUUUAAGGGAACUGUGUCGGAAACUGAACUACAGGAGGUGUCACAUAAACGAGGAAAGAUUGCCAUAGAUAGACUUGAUAGGAAAUUUGAUAAAGCUGAGAAUUACCUGUUUAAGAAUGUGUUCAGUAUACCCGACCAUCUUGUGUUGCCUAGUGACAGACCACAGGUGGAUAAUCCCUGCACCGAGGAGGAGAUGAUCAUGCUUGAUGAUGAUAUUAAACAUGUUUUAGAUAGAAUUGUAGCAGUAAAAUAUGCUAAUGCUCAGCUACAAGACAGACUGGUUGAGAUGCAGUCACUUACAAAACAAUUAGAUUCAACACUACACAGCAUAGAGAAAAUGCAUACAGAUGUAGCGGCACAAUCACAUGAGAUGAGACAGACUGUGAACAGUUAUCAACACGUUACAACAUUACUAGACAGGUGUAGACUGGAUUCGACUAGUUCAUGAUGGUGCCUUCUCACUAAAUCUUUGUUAUACAAUGAUAUGAAUUCUGACUUCUCAAUAGUGAUUGGUUAACUGUGUUUAAUGAUGACUCACACGUGCAUUGCUCGUUGUCAACAGAAGAUGUUAUUUGAAACUUGUCAAAUGUGGGUUUUUCUAUGCUAAUACCUCCGGUACAAACAAACUUUUACUGUUAUAAGCUUCAUGGUAACAAUAGAUUAGUCAACCUGUUGCGCUUAAUUUCGUAGCUGUAACUGUUAAAUUUGUUUGUACCUCUGAAUUAGCUGGGAAAAACCAAAUAUUCUUUAUUCGGAGUAAGUCUAUUUUUGUGAUAUUCGGAUAUUUGUUCAGGAGGUUUUUUCCGCAAAUAUCACAUUCUAUCAUGAUUUUGACACAUAAAAUCUGUAUGUCAGUGCAUUUUGUGGCAUUAGAUAUUGUAAUGAAUUUAAUUUAUUAAGUUUUCUGAUAAAUAUGUAAUUACUCGAAAAGUAUACUUUUGAGGAUGUUAUGUGAUAUGUCCAACUUACAUGUAUAUAUUGUACAUUUGAUAUAUUGUAGUUACGGUAGUUCAUGUCAAUUUGUACUUAAGAUACUGCCAUCUUUGUGCAAUAAUAGAUUAACUCCUAUUAGAUUAUAGUAGAAGAUAACCCUUUACUGCACUGACAUUAUAUGUUAUUGAUUGUGACACAGUAUAGACAAAAGCUAUGAAAUCUAGAAGGCAGUAAGCUUGAAUGUCUAACUCAGAAGGAUAUGAACUUUUUUUUACCUUGUCUGUUAUGAAGAAAAAGUUGUGCUAUAAUGAUCACUGCAUCAUCAUUGUCAUUCAAAAACUUGUAUGUAGCCCAUUAUUCAAACUUUUUAAAAGAAAACAACAUGAAAUUUGAAAUACUUUAUUUUUAUGACAAGAUGCAGUUGUUAGACAAGGGGGGUAAUUCUAAAAGCUACAUUUUUGGAGUUAUAGCCCUUUAUAACUUAGAAUUUUUGUCAUAAUUGGUUAUACAUAACAGACUUGCAUAAACAUCGCAUGUUGUGCACUUGUUUAUGUAAUGUAUUUCUAUAGGAAAUUUUAGUAUUUUUAUAUCCCAAAUAGAGCAGUCAUCAAUAGAGACAAUAUCGAUGUCUCAUUGAUAUUUUUCUGUUGAUCAAUAAUCGAUACACAUUUAAAAAAAUCGAUAAUUUUGACUAAUUAAUUAAAUGUCUAGAAAUUAUGAAAAUUCAUGCAAAACAUACUGAAGCAGUGUCACGACAAAACCAACAUAAUAGGUUUGCGACCAGCAUGGAUCCAGACCAGCCUGCGCAUCUGCGCAGUCUGAUCAGGAUCCAUGCUGUUCGCUAUCAGUUUCUCUACUUGUUAUAGGGUUUGUAAACGAACAGCAUGGAUCCUGACCAGACUGCGCGGAUGCGCAGGCUGGUCUGGAUCCAUACUGGUCGCAAACGCAUUAUGUUGGUAUUGUCAUGACACGGCUCAUAUAUACAGAAGCAGUUAUCUAUGUCUAUUUCUAGCAUUAUGCUGUUGUUAUAUAGUGGAAAUAUUUCACAGCAAUGAUGUCAGAUGAUGGAAAAAUAUGGUCUGGAAAAAAUCAUGAAAUGGGCUUUAAUGUACAAGACACUGAACAGAACGUUUUUAACUGAAAUCAUUUUAACAGGUAUGAAUGUAAAUGACAGACAAGUUAUUAUAGGUAAUUAUCCAUAUAUCAGUGAUAUUUGUCAUCAGAUAUCGAUAUAUUGUUGAUAUGCUUUGCACUGAAUCAAUGACAGCUCUAAUCUUUGCUUUUGUAUUAGUUGUAUUAGUUGGAUCUUCAUUAAGGGUAUCUUUUGCCAUCAUAUGAUGUUUUGCCAAGUCUUUUUAUAACAAAGUUAUUGUUCUUUUUAACUCUUUCACUGCCAUAGGGACGGCUUAUGCUGUCCCUGUUAUUUUCAGCGUAUUUGCCAUAUGGACGGCUUUUGCCGUUUCUAUAAUAAUAAUAAAAAAAUAAUAAUAAAUAUGAAGAAAAUUAUACAAUCGACAAUAAUUAUUAUUAUACUAAUAACAAAUGAUAAUUAUAUUAAUUAAUAAUAUAGUACUUUCUUAGAAAACCCUCUCUCAAAUAGUUGAUCUAUAAAACAAUAACCCUCUGGCAGCGAAAGGGUUAAUGUUCAAUUUUACAAUACUGUCUUCUCUUGAUCCUGAUAUAAGCUGAACUUUUCUAGGACUAGGAAGAGCUUUUGUACUCGUAUUGGCAUCAGACUUAAGUUAAAGUUUUUGUGUGCAAGUUGGUUUGUCCAAAACUACUGAAGGGAAUGGGUUGAAACUUCUUACACUUACUUUAGAGCACAAUAGAAGGUCACUUUUUAAGGCCCAUAACUCUUAAAAUGUGGGUUUUGACAGAAAUAUGGCCCUUUUUGACCUUAAAAAAGAAAAUCUGCAUUAUCCUGGCUCUUGUUUUACUAUCGAGCACUGAGAAUAGUCGAGCAUGCUGUCCUUAUUACAGCUUUUGUAAACAUGACUGAACUUUAUUCUUUUCAUUUUCAUCAUAGUAACAUCAGUGUAAACAUUUUUAUUGUCCCCCGCCUUUUCGAAGAAAAAAGGGGAUAUAGAAAUAGGCUCCGUCCGUCUUUCCAUCCGUCACACUUUCGUGUCCUGUCCAUAACUUUGUCAUUUAUUAAAGGAAUCUAUAAUAAGACGGUGUGUCAUGCGCAACAACAAGACCCUACCUCCAGGGUCAAGGUCGCACUUGCUCAAUCAAGGUCAACAUUGUCUCUUUGAGGGUAUAUGUCGUGUCCGGUCUAUAAGUUUCUUAUUUUGUAAAUACUUGCCACAAUUGUUCACAAUAAUGGGAUGAUGUGUCAUGUGCAACAAUUGGUCACCUACCUACAAGGUCAAGGUCACACUUGGAGGUCAAAGAUAAACAUAGUCUGUUAUAGGGUAUAUUUUGUUCCUGGUCCAUAACUUUUUCAUAUAUCAAAGGAUUUUGAAAAUACUUGGCACAAAUAGUCACUAUACUAAGACGAUGUGUCAUGCUUAACACCUGCAUCCCUACCUUCAAGGUCAAGGUCACAUUUCGAGAAAAAAAAAUUAACAUAGUCUGUUAAAGGGUAUAUAUUGUGUCUGAUCUAGAACGUCUUCAUAAUUUAAGGGAUUUUGAAAUAACUUGGCACAAAUAGUCACAAUAAUAAGAUGAUAUGUCAAGUACAACACUUGCACCCCUACCUCCAAGGUCAAAAAUUAACAGAGUCUGUUAUUUGGUAUAUUUUGUGUCCUGUCCAUAACUUCUUCAUAGAUCAAGGGAUUUUGAAAAUACUUGGCACAAAUAGUCACAAUGAUAAGAUGAUAUGUCAUGUGUAAUUUCAGUGUCCCUACCUCCAAGGUCAAGGUCACAUGUAGAGGUCAAAGAUUAACAUAGUUUGUUACAGGGUAUAUUUCUUGUCCCAUCUACAACUUAAUAGUUCAAUGGAUUUUGAAAAUAAUUGGUACAAAUAGUUACAAUAAUAAGACGAUAUGUCAUGCACAACACCUGGACCCCUACCUCCAAGGUCAAGGUCACACUAAGAGGUCAAAGCUUAACAUUCAUUUUAUUUCUUUAAUGAAUUUAUUGUAGCAUUUGCAGAUCUAGCAUUGAUCAUAAUUUUGGACUGAAAGUUCUUUGAUCCAUACAUCAAUCUUUUAAAAUAGCACAAUUUUAUGCUUCAUAUAAAACUUCAACGAGGCGGGGGACGUUGGUAUCUCUGUUACAAAUUCUUGUUACAAUGGUAGUGUCUGGGGCUGUAAGUUUUUAAACUUUACAGGAGUUUGAAAAUUACACUGGUUCGCUUUUAUUAAAAAGUACUAUCUGCAGCAGGAUGUGAAAUUAAAUGACAAUCGUAUUUGAUUAAUGCCCUGGAUUUAUACAGUGCGCCUUUAAUGCUAUGUAAUAGUCAGCUUGCUUCCUGGUUGUCCGUUGUUAAUGUGAAUAUAUUUAAUAUGUUCUUGAAAUGAUGUUUAACUUGCAUGCAUCUAGUUAAUUUAUUAGAAUAUUCAUUAUUUAUUGAAAAAUGAUAUUUACAAAUGAAUUAAAGCUGUACAGUUCAAUUUUUGAAAAUUAACACUUAAAAUGUAAUUUAUUUGUUUCCAGGACUGUGUUUUUUAUUUGUGCUAAUGAAUUUCAAAGAAAUUAUGCAAACAUUUUGUUGCUGAUACAUUGUUUUGUUGCCAUUUAUACAAUAUAUAGAUCUGUAAAUAAACCUUUACCUGAACCUGUAUUAUUCUUGUUUCCUGUAUCAAAAAUAUUGUUUACUGUAUAAAUGUGUCACAGAAAUCAUGCUUUCAUUGUAUUAGUGUUGGUCAAGUUAAUAUAGGGGAUAUUUGUUUGUUUUGCAUGUAAGAUCGAAAUAUAUUUCACGGAGUGAGCAGCUGAUCUUCACGAGUGAAAUAUAUUUCGAUCUUGCAUGCAAAACAAAUUUUCUAUUUAUUUCAUGCCUUUGUAGUGAUUUGAAGUCAUUUGUACUUGUUUUGCAGCAUUUUGUCAUGCAUUCUUCUUGAUGUCCUCACGUGAUGUCACGGCACCAAUGUUGAAAUUUAGUUCGUUAAAAUUUCUCUAAUUUUGUUACAUUUAAACACAAUGUAUACAGUUGUUUACUCGUUUCUCCUAAAGAAGCAAAAUAUACAUGUGAUGA